AAGAUUUCACCAGAACCUAUCGUCCUGUAUAUUUUUAUACUAUUUUUCGUUAAUUUUGUCCAUAAUCCUAAUUUUGUUGAUCUAGUUGUUUGCUAUCCUUAAUAAAUUAUCAAAGGUCAGUAUUUGUAUAUGAUGAUCAUUUUUUAUCUUUCUGACAAUCAGCGAGCUCAAGUCUUGAAUGAUCUGAUCCUGUUCGUUUCUAAUUCUGACUCCUGAAGCAGUUAGUCUGUUAGUUUUGUUUAGUUUCAUUUAAUCCUAUUCCUAGCACACGGUUUUUGAACUAAUUAGUGUUAUGGUGUUUUAUUGAGCAUUCCGUGUUUACAAUCAUACGUUGAGAUUAUGAGGCACAUUCUAAUUUUCAGUGCAAUUGCCAGGCUAUGCAUUCUGUUUGUUUGUAAAUGUCGCCUCGUUUUAUUACUUCGGUUCUUGCAAAUGCAUGAGGCGAGUUGUUGAUUUGGCAUACUUUGCCACUGGGGCGACUGGAAAUCCAUGGCGGCCACAGAUAGUGAUGCUUCUUUGGGAAGCGCUGGCGAGAAUGACGCGAAUACUGCAGCUGAGCUGGAGCCAGUGAAAAAUGGGAUGCAUGGCACUGAUUCGCGGAAACCCGAAGCACUUUCCAAAGGGAAAACCAAAGAGGAGUCCGACGAAGAAGGGGAGGCGUCGGAUGAUGGCGAAAUCGACACCAGUACCGAGAAGAACAACGGUGAAGAGGGUGAACUGGAGGAAGGGGAAGUGGAUGAUGAUGAGGACGGUGGUGGCCAGCAGAAGAACUCGGUCUGCAAGUACUUCUACAAAGGCCAGUGCACGUGGGGCUCGCACUGCCGAUUCAUGCAUCCCGGCUCGGUGGAUAAAGGCAAUUACAGCCUUUUUGAGAAUGCACCAGCGAAAAACCCCCCACCGGAGCCAGUUCAUUCCCUCAAGCCCCCGGGACCACCGUUAAUGGUGCCGCAACCCGGUGUGCGCCCGCCCAUGGUCCUGCCGCCACGGCGUCGUAAUAGUCCCCAGUUGAUCCCCCCUGUUCUGCCCUUGCGGAUGCCCUUGCCAGGUGUACUGCCGCCGCGACUCCCCAUGGACUUUUUCCCACCCAUUCCGGAACCGCCGCGGGCGGAGACUAUGUGGGAGCGCGGACUGCGACAGGCCAAGACGCUAGCGCAGGCAGCGGCCAGGAAACGGGACGCUAUCGAGGACAAAAUGCAUGGACUGGAUGAGAAAUUUGAUCCGGAGUUCGAAGACGAGCAUUUUGGUGAAACCAAUUACGCUUUCCCGGAGCAGCAGCAACCACAACAGCGAGGUUUCCCUUCGUUCCCGAUGCGACCCGAUUUUGAUCCUAUGCAAAGGAACCGUCGUAUGAACGACUUCGGUCGUUUCGAGCGUCGCCGCAGUCCUCCGAUCGAUAAUCGUGAGAACAUGAUGGAUCGUCGUCCACGUGAACCUAUGAUGCGCCAGCGGGGAGCCGACGAAUGGCAUGAUCCCUGGAUGCGGUCGGCUGGUGGAGGUGGUGGUGGCCGUAACCGGCCUGUGCAACGCUGGAAUAACCGUAACCGCUCCAAAUCCGAAUCACACUCAAAAUCGCGUUCUCGCUCCAGAUCUGGUAGUCCCUCUCAAAAGAAAUCUCUUAAUUCCAGAAGCAACUCCAAGGACAAACAGGCUCGGAAACGUAGUGGCUCAGCAAGCAGCAGCAUGCGUGCAAAGCAGCGAGAACGCGAUCGACGCAACGCCACGCGCCAACGGGCGCCAUCGGGUAGUCCUAUUAGUUCAUCUCAUAGUUCCUUGUCACGCUCUUCAUCUCCAAAAUCACCUGCAGCUCCGCAAAAGGCUGGCCGCGCGAGCAGCCAUGAAUCGGAUGCGCGGGCGCGUCGAUCGCCGGGUAGUCGUCUUUCACAGCAAGAGCGUGCCUCUUCUCGUAAGCAUUACCAGGCUGACGAGCGCAAUAAAGCGUCUCCAUCGCUCAGUAGCGUCUCAUCCCGCAACCAUGAGGAGGAUGACGGACCACGAACGCCACCUCCGGAUCCAGAAGAGGGUGACGAGGAAUCGCCCAGAGAAGAGGUUCAGCGUUUCGGCUAUGAUCGCGAUGAAGUGGACCGGAAACGGACCGCUCGCUCGCGGUCGAAGCGCUCCCCAUCCCAGUCACCAGUCAGUGAUGAUGAUAAUGAUGAACGCCGCCCAAAUCAGGAGGCGUCAGUUGAUGUCGAUCAACCGGUGAAGAAGAAGAUUAAAAAAGGGCACAAACCGGUCAAGUUGACUUUAAAUAACAAGACGGAGCGACGUGCUGCCAAUGCGGCAUUCGGAGCGGUGGAGGAAGAGAUGGAUGAAGAUUCAGCUGUCCAGCUGAACGUCAAGCCUCGUGCUCAGUCGAAUAUUAGCGAGCGAGAUCAAGACCGCUCCAGUCCCCUUUCCGAAGCGGAGGAGGACUCCAGCCCCAAGCGUGCUCCUGUAGUAGCGCCCUCUGGAUCGGAGGAGAAAGCCAAUAAACGAGAAGAACUGCUGCGGCAGUUGCGGGCGGUGGAAGAGGCUAUUGCACGGAAAAAAGCUACAAAGGUGGCAGAUUGAUGAUGCACCAUUGUCCACAUUUAGAUGGAUCUUUUUAUUUUGAACAUUUUGUGUACUAUUCAUCUUUGGUUUGACACGGCUUUGUUGACUGAAAUUGUGGUUGUUGAUGUAUUUUUUGGAAUUUUUUUUUGCGCGACGGCCCUCUUUACUUAUUUUUUCGCUUAUUUUCGGUGUCUCAAUAAUUUGUUAUCCUGAAAGACAGCUCGGUUUGUUAUAAAUACCGUAUCUAGUGG